AUGAUAAGACAUUCCAAUAGGAAUGCCAAUUGUCUCAGGAAAGAAGAAAGUCCAUCUCAAGCAAAACAUGAGUUGACAAAAUAUCCAACAUUCUGGUGGCAUCAGUUUCAGUUACAUUUUGCCAGAAUUAGUAUCAAAUUACCUUUUGUGUUAGUGUCCGAACACAUGCUUAUUUUUUUAUUGUUGAUUUAUCAGCAAAUUGUUGAUGGUGUGAUGAAUUUCUUCUUUGUGACAAUUUUCCUGUUGACUUCUAUAGCUGCAACCUACGGUGCCAGAUGGGAUCACUUCAUAUUCGCACAAGAAUGGCCUCAAACAGCUUGCACGAUGGGCAUGAAAGAAGAGCACAAAACAUGCUCCAUUCCUGCUUACAUCAAUUCGUUCAUUAUUCACGGACUGUGGCCGUCAUUGGGAUCAAAAGAAACGCCAAAGAAUUGUAAAUCAGUUCCUUUCGAUAUGAGCAAGAUAAAGAAUCUUACAGAUGAAUUACAGCAUGCUUGGCCGAACAUUUUCAGAAAAUCUCGUUCUUCUAAUUUCUGGAAACAUGAAUGGAACACCCAUGGAACAUGUGCCUUAAGUCUGAAUACAACUGGAACAGAAUAUCUGUUCUUUAGGAAAGCACUCGACUUAAUGAAAACAUACAAUGCGUCAAAAUUCCUGAAUAAAUUGAACAUUACGCCAAGUGACACAACACCUUAUGAUACUAAAACAAUUGCAAAUAUCCUUCAAAAGAAACUCGGAGUAAUGCCAAAGUUACAGUGUUACAGAUAUAAGUCUCAGUCAGGUAAAAUAAAAACUGACUUGGCAGAAAUAAGAAUAUGUAUGGACAAACAGUUUAAAAUUAUCAAAUGUCCUCAUGGUGACUCGACACUUUACUGGAGCGGACUAUCUAAAACUCAAUCUUGUCGUGGAGGAGAGAUAUAUAUUCCUGAGAUUAAAAGAAACUAAUUCACUAAAAGAGAACAACGAAUAUACGAUUAAGCUAAAGUUAAUGCAAUUGCAAUGUUGUUAUGCAUAGGAUAUAGGAUUUGUAAAAUAGAUAGACAAGAUAAAUUUAGCUAACCAUGCAUUUUCACUUUUGUAUUCUAAAAACAAAGAGUAAAGUGUGUUUUUUUUUUGUAUAUACUGUAUAUAGAUUGGAUGGUGCAUUAUCAGCUCUUUACACUAGUAUAGUUGUAAGAAUUUAUAAAACAGAACAAGACCAUUAUGAAUUCUUUUUAUUAAGUUCGCUCAGCCUGGUGCUAUUAGUAAACUCUAUAUAAUAAAACUGCUUGCAAAUUUACAAGUUACAUUUUAUACGCGAAAAAAAUUCGAUUGUUAACAUUUUCGUAAAAUAAAAUUUGUCCAAUUAUCUUUUU